AUGACCAAGGCUUGCCACGCCCUCGCAGUGUUCAAGUACAACAAGGCCAACCAUAACGUGGUGGAGGUGAGCGGGCCGGACUUCAGGGCGUGCAACAGCGCCAAGGGCCUCGGCGCCUGGAACUCCGGCAGCGAUCAGGUCCAACUCGCCAGCGCCGGGCGGAGGUGGUUCGUCUGCGCCGUGGGCAACCACUGCGCUAUGGGCAUGAAGCUCAACGUCACCAUCCUCGCCGCCGACGCUCCUUCGCUUGCCCCUGCCCCGGCACCGUCCUCGUCUUCUCACAAUGCAAUCCUCGCCGCCGACGCUCCUUGGCUUGCCCCUGCGCCGGCACCGUCCUCGUCUGCUCACAAUACAAUCCUCGCCGCCAACGCUCCUUGGCUUGCCCCUGCACCGGCACCGGCACCGUCCUCGUCUGCUCACAAUACAAUCCUCGCCGCCGACGCUCCUUGGCUUGCCCCUGCACCUGCACCGGCACCGUCCUCGUCUGCUCACAAUACAAUCCUCGCCGCCGACGCUCCUUGGCUUGCCCCUGCACCGGCACCGUCCUCGUCUGCUCACAAGUCCAGGCGGCCCUUUGUUACCAAGUGGUGAUGACCUGCCGGCGCCCAAGUACCAAGUACCGACUAUGUUGUUCGUGCUUUUGCUAGUCACGUCGUGCAUGGUGUGAUCGGUCGCACUGUUCGGUUCGUGCAAUUUUUCUCCAUUCCGACAUAAUAAUUGGACUGCUGUCCAACACAAGCAAUUGAUUAUUGUUUAGAAUCACGACACGCAGU